ACAAACUCACUACCACCAAGACUUCACGUCCACAAUAACUCAUAGCCGAACAUUUCAUUCAUACACCGAAAAUAUGUCGUCAUUCCAUCUACCGCCGCAGACCAUCUCAGUCAAGCGCAAACGCACAGAGGCGCCCAUCGACACACUGAGGAUCGAAGACGGGAAAGAGAUAGAGAGCAAGCGAACAAGAUACGGUUACAAGCGUCUCACCAAGCCAGGCGAUGAUGCAGAGCACUCAUUGGUACCCCCAACCCCCGUAGGCGAGCGAAGAUUUCGUCUCGACCCCGUAUCACGAAUUGGCGCAAAACGGCAUUUCGUCGAAGAACAACCGUCCGUCUCUUCCAAAAACGACCCCCGACAACAAAUAGGCGGCCAAGUCCAAGAACCCACCCUCGCAGAGCAAACUCCAACCUCCACACCACGUCCAAGAAAGCGACCGGGGGCAGGAAGUGCCCUCCACCACAGUUCCAAAGCCUCGAUCCAAUGGAAACAACCACUUCCCACCUCACCCUCGGAAACCGACGUCCGCAACCUCGAAGCCCUCACCAAGGAGGUCGAAAAGAGCGACACCACUACCACCACCGGCCCCUCGCCCUCAAAAUACAAGCCAAAAGCCCCCGCCAAACGCUUUGCAGAACGUCACCCGGAUAAAGCUACACCCACCCCAGAUGGAGACGCAGACGCAGAUGCAAUGGACAUCGACACCUCAGAAUACGUCUACGACCACUACGUCCGCGAGCCCGUCCACCCCGACGCACCCCUCCCCACAGGUCCCAUCGGCCUGCUCGUCAUCAGCGCCGAAGAUGCCGACUGGUGGGACGCCGACUCGUCUUCCGACCGCGAAUUCGACACGGACGACGAAGACGAAAACGCAGAGGACUACUACGCCAACGACUACCCCGAAGAUGAACUCAGUGAGGACGACGAGUUUGAUCGGAAUCUUUAUAAAAGCAAGUAUCGGCAUGGGAGUGACGAGGAAGAGUUUGGGCUGGGGAGUGAGGAUGAUGAGGAGGGGAAUGGGGUGGGCAGUGGGGAGGAGGGGGAUGAGGAUGAUGAACAUUUUCGGAUGACGGUGCCGAAGGCUAAGGGGGUGGGGUAUUGGGGUGUUAAGGGGGAGUAG